UUCUUAGAUUCCGGUUGCUUUCUGGUUCGAAUCGUCUGGUUCUUUUCGCUAAGACAUCGAUCAUGGCGGCCCGUUCGAUUUCAAAGAAGAGGAAGUUUGUAGGAGACGGAGUUUUCAAAGCAGAGUUGAACGAGUUUUUGACUCGUGAACUCGCCGAAGAUGGUUACUCUGGAGUUGAGGUGCGUGUCACGCCCCAACGCACUGAAAUCAUCCUUAUGGCCACUCACACCCAAAGCGUUCUUGGAGAAAAAGGUCGCAGAAUCAGGGAAUUGACCUCUGUCGUCCAAAAGAGGUUCAACUUCAAAGAUAACACCGUCGAACUCUACGCCGAGAAAGUUGCAACGAGAGGUCUUUGCGCUAUCGCGCAGGCCGAAUCUUUGCGAUACAAGUUGAUCGGAGGUCUUGCCGUGAGGAGGGCUUGCUAUGGAGUUUUGCGAUUCAUCAUGGAAUCUGGGGCCAAGGGAUGUGAAGUCGUUGUCAGUGGUAAAUUGCGUGGACAGCGAGCAAAGUCGAUGAAAUUCGUAGAUGGGCUCAUGAUCCACUCUGGAGAACCCACGAAUGAAUACGUGAACACCGCAACUCGUCACGUUCUUCUCAGACAAGGUGUCUUAGGAAUUAAAGUCAAAAUUAUGCUUCCGUGGGACCCCAAUGGCAAAACUGGACCCAAAAAUCCAUUGCCAGACAACGUUUCCGUGGUUGAACCAAAAGACGAGGUUCUUCACUCGCAACCAUCAUCUGAAAUCAAGGCCGCUAAGGAUGUUCCUCAGCCUGCUCCAAUUCCAGUUUAAUCCACCAAUUAUACAUUCGCAAUAAAAACAGGAAAUUUA